AUGGGCCGCAAACCUUCCCCUCGUAGUGCUGACGAUGCCUCCAAUAUGAACCUCGUCACAGAAAACAACGGCGACAAUGCUACCGCUGACUCUCCCCAUAUCAUGAUGCAGGUAGACAAGCUUCACGACAAGGCCAAGAAAAACGCAGCAGGGUUUUCGGGAGUUGCGCCUGGGGUUAUGCUCGGCCACUACAAGGUGUUUGGUUACCAGGGAGGAACUACUGAAGAGGUUGUUAUUGAAGCCGCGCUCAUGGCAGCUCAAGAAAAUCCUGAUAUUAUCUCUGUAUCAAUUGGCAGCCAUAGCAACUGGCCCGGUGCCUUUGCUGUACUCAUGAACAGGCUGGCGAUCCAGAGGGACAUCGUCCCAGUUAUGUCUAAUGGAAAUGCUGGCUGGGACGGUGGUUUGUCUAUUAACGCUAUGGCACUGGGAGAUAACGUAUUGGGUGUGGCAUCCUUUGACAACACAGAGACGCCCACUGUGCAUCAUAUUGGCAAAGUCAGUGUCAAUGCUGGAGAGAUGGCUAACUUUACUCAUGCCAUGUCUCGGCCCGGUUCAGGAUGGGAUGGUACGACGAUGCCAGUUAUGGCCCUCUCAUACGACACAACUACGACGGACCAAGCUUGUGAGCCAUUACCAAAUGAUACUCCCAGUCUCAAGGACAAAAUAAUUCUCGUCCGCAUAGGCGGCUGCCACAUGUGGUACAAGGCAGGGAACCUUGCCGCAAAGGGUGCCACACAUUUAAUCUUCUAUAGUGAUACUGAACCUUCGGGAGCAUCUACGCUGUGA